AUGGCGCACUCAAAGGAAUGGCAAAAGAUGCUACGGGGCGAGCUUUAUUGGGCCGGGGAUGAAGAUCUUCAAGCAAAUCGGACACGCUGCAAGCAAGCAUGCGAUGCAUUUAAUGCCGCUGGUGGUGCUUCACGACGUCGCAAGGUAGAGCUAUGGCGCAAUAUCUUGGGGGAUACACGGCCUUUGCCGCCAGUCAACCCAGAUCCAAAAGAAGACGAAGCCCUUUUUGAAGAGACAGAUCCAUUCGUCGACGGACCCAUUUCAGUUGAUCAUGGCCUGAACUUCAAGGUCGGCAAGGGCACCUUUCUCAAUUUCAAUACUCUAGUCCUCGAUACAUGCCUAAUCACGAUCGGAGAGAACGUACUCUUUGGACCCAACGUCUGCUUGUACGGCGCAACUCAUCCAAUGGAUCCCGCUGUGCGGCGUGGCUUGAAAGGCCCAGAAGCUGGAAAGGAGAUCCACAUCGAGGACGAUGUCUGGAUUGGUGGUAGUGCCCUUAUCCUUGCCGGUGUGCGAGUUGGUAGAGGCAGUACGGUUGGAGCUGGAUCGGUUGUCACUAAGGAUGUUCCUCCAUUCCACUUUGUUGCCGGCAAUCCGGCCAGAGUGAUUCGGCGAAUUGACUCAGAAAUGGAUCCGGAGCGGCAAUCAUGA